AUGAGCUCACCAGCCAACAACAACAACAACAACAACAACACUCCACUACUCACCAACAACAAGAACAACAACAACAUCAACAACAACCAAAACAGCACUCGCACGAUGGCCACCUCAAACACUCACCCCUCACCAACAACAACCACUCACCGAACGAACAACAACAACAACAACAACACCCCUUCCACUGCUCGUCGUCCUCGUGCUGGCACCCUGCCCUCCAGCUUCAACUCACUCCCCUCCUCCGCCUCCUCUCCACUCCACUCCCUCAACCACAACCCAUCCCGUCCUGACCUACUCAGGCAAUUCAACCUACUCACUCCAGGCGCCUCGCUUCCUUCAACUAACUCCCUACUCUCAAUCGGGAGCGCUGGCCUCUAUGGAUCCACCUCGAUGCAAGACGCUCGCAUGAAUAACAACCACAUGAGAUCUGAUAUGAAUCUCCAUCUCUCUCUCGACAAAACACGCGCACGGGCUGGUACUGUUGCUCUUCCUCCUUCCUCAGCAUCAUCCUACUUCGGCCGAGGCGUAUUCUCGACAAAUUUCGUACCACGUAGCUCGCGAAUGAAUGAAGAGCUACGCUCGAUCCGCUCCGACGACUCAGCCUUGGGCGAGAGCGAAGACCCCGACGAGGCUGGCCACGUACGAACCCUGGACUAUCUCGGCCUGGAUGCCGACUCGCCCGUCUCACCAACAGUCCCAAACCAGCCCCAAUCAGCCUUUGUUGGCUCCUCGGGCUUCUACCACGUCCUCAACGCUCCCGCCGGCUACCCUCAACCAGCUCCGAUCGGUUCCUCCAACUCCUCACUCUCCGCACUCGCCAAUCGGAUGCGUGCUUCUACCAUCUCUGGCGUCGCCCCCUCCCCUUCAUCCUUAAGACGCCAAUCUAACAACCUCAGAGCCUCCCCAUUCCCAUCGGAUGAGAACCUCUAUACUCAUUCAGGUGGUAACUCCCCCUCGAUACUCGAAGAUGAUUACGCCGCUCCUCUCGGAAGCGCUAACUCUCUGGCCAGUCAGUACGCCACCAGUCGACAACAACAACUCGACGCCAUGCAGGCAGAAGUCCAUGACAAGCAGAUGUCUGCAUACUCGGCAAUGUUGAAUUCAAAUAGCUCGAACGGACUACUUACUGCCCCAAUUAGCAGACCCAGGGCCAAUACCCUCGGUGGAGCUUCACUCUUGGCCGGAAUGGGCGCUCCCACAACACCGAUUGGAUUCUCAGCUGCCGCCGCUGCAGCGGCCGUCAGAAAUCGGGCCGGAACCCUCGCUGGAUUUUCCAAGCACUCUGGCUUCCUCAACUCUCUCAAUAGUCCUUCUAAUGAGUCGCACUCAAAUCACAACCUCAACCCUCUCAAUUAUCAAAAUUGGAUGUCGGCCUCCCGACCAAUCACACCCGACUUCAACAUGGCCGGGAUGAUGCAACAACCAUCACGCAGUCUGUGGAUCGGAAAUUUCGAUCCUUCAACUACGGCCCAAGAAUUGAUGAACGUCUUUGCCGUGUAUGGUCCAAUCGAAAGUCUCCGUCUUCUCCCUGACAAAGAGUGCGGUUUCAUCAACUUUGUAUCGGUCCAUGAUGCAGUUCAUGCCAAGGAUGAUAUCGUUAACCGUUUAGAAGGACAAAUCAAUCUCAAGAACGGUCCAACAUGCAUCCGAAUCGGUUUUGGCAAGCCCGAAUCCGCCCCGCAAACACCUGCCAGCCUUCUUACCACGCCGAUCGGUAGUGCUCGGGGUGGAUCCGGAUUGGUGAACGGGCUUUCUCAAACGAUGAUGAUGCUCUCUUUGACCAACAUACCUGGCCCCAACGGAAUCGUCUCAUCCAGUCAAAUCAAUAACAUCUGCCCCAAUCCCUCUGGUUACACCAAUGUCGGCGGCGUCAUGCUUGGACCCAAUGGUGACCCCAUCCUUCAGUCUAGCCCCACCCGUGCUCUCUGGGUCGGCAGUAUUCCCUCUCAAACUACUCCCAACCAUCUCAUGGACAUCUUUUCCCCCUAUGGCGCUAUCGAAUCGGUUCGAGUUUUGUCACAUAAGAAUUGCGGAUUUAUCAACUUUGAGCAUCUUGAUGAUGCCGUUCGUGCCCGCAAAGCUCUCAGUGGGCGUGAGAUUCUGGGAAGUGAAGUGGGUGCAGUUAAAAUCGGUUACGCCAAAGUUCCCGUCAAAGCACCCGGUACGUUUUCGCCCUCAGCCCAAAUGGACGGCUUGACGCAAGAUCAGCAGAUUGCCCAGCAACAGCUUGCCUAUGAAACUCUUGCCCGGAUCAAAGGCGCCUCAGCCGUCCCGCUCGACCAACAGAUCCUGAGUGGAAGCAUUCAAGAUUACCGUUCAAAUUUGGCGAUGAGCUUCAUUCCCAAUGGAAUCCAUGCACUCAAUGGGUUCCCCCUAGGUGGUAGCAUUCCCAAUACUUCUGCCGCCUUCCCGCUAGCUACGAGUGCGAUGGUCCCCAACGAAUCUAGUACUUCAAUCGAUCGAGAAGCAGCUAGUUCGACAAUAUGUACGACCCCUCUGCCUUCGGUUACAGAGAUGCAACUGUUGAUGAAAGAGCUCUGUCGGGAUCCGAACAACAAGUCGGACGAGGCUGUCGAGAAGGAGUAUGAGGAGGACAAGCUUUCGGUGGCUGAGUUCCGACCGCCGGUUACCUAUUACACCACCGUCCCACCCCCGAUCAACCAACUCGAUCCGCAUCGGAGACUGGUUAGCGCGGUCUCAGAUCCAGCCAGAUUGAGGGAAAUCCGUAAACGGUUCGAUUCGAACACUCUCAGUCAGGAGGAGAUGGACCAGAUCGCUAGCGAGCUAUUGGAGGAGAUCAUCUACCUCUCGUCCGAUUAUAUCGGCAACACGAUCGUCCAGAAGCUGUUUGAGAAGUGCUCGCAUCCGAUCAAGAUGAUGAUGUUAGAGCGAUGUGCACCCCAUCUGGCGAUCAUUGGCUGUCACAAGAACGGGACCUGGGCGGCGCAGAAGAUGAUUGACUGCGCGAGCACGGCAGAGGAGAUGAAGCUGAUCAGCCAGAACCUACGGCCUUUUGGCCCGCCUCUCCUACUGGAUUCCCUGGGGAACUAUGUGAUGCAAUGUUGUCUUCGGUUUGGGAGCCCGUACAAUGACUUUGUGUUCGAUGCGAUCGUCGACCGGAUCUGGGAGGUUGCCCAGGGCCGGUUCGGGGCCCGCAGUGUGCGCACCUGUCUCGAGUCCAAGCACGCCCUUCCGCUCCAAAUCAAACGCGUCGCCAUCGCGGUGAUCCUCAACUCGAUCCCGUUGGCAACCAAUCCUAACGGGACCUUAUUGCUCACUUGGUUAUUGGACAGUUCGGGAUUGGCCGGACGGUAUCGACUUCUGGCGCCCCGACUAGCUCCCCAUCUCGCCCAUCUCUGCACUCACAAACUCGCCUCCGUUACUGUCCUUAGAAUCAUCAACCAGAACUUCGACCCCAUAGCUUCCCGCAUCAUCGUCGACGGCAUCUUCCAUUCUAAUAAAUCAGUGCUGGAGGAAAUCUUGGGUGAUCAGGCUCAUGGGGUUAACCUUAUCUCGAAAACUCUCACAAGCUCGUUCCUCUCGAUCGAACUUAAAGCUGAUAUCUCUGAGAAAAUUAAAGAAAUGAUUGUCUCGCUUAGAGUUCAACACAUUCCUGCCUAUAAGAAGUUAGCAGAAGAAGUAGGAGUUGUGACGACGAGUGCGAGUAGUAGUAGCAGUAAUGCCGGGAUGACGGGGGGUGGCAGCACGCCGGUCCGGAGCCUGUCAGGGGCCGGAGGAGGGAACCACAAGACGAGCGGCCGGACGGCGGGAGAAGGCACGACGGGGACUCUAUGGGCCUCUUCCUCACCUGUAGCCUCAUCGUCGCCCGGGCCCACCGUCGCUGGUGCUAAACUGGCGACCCCUCGAAACGCGGCCAUCACACCCAAACUACCCUCCUCCUCUUCCGCCUCCUCUAAACGGCCUCACCAUUCUCCCGGCCAUGGAUCGCCCAUUGCUCUCAUCGACCCUCAUCCUUCUUCUUCGUCUCCCUCCGAUUAA